AUGUUACGUUAUUCGAAGUCAAUAUGUUCACGUACUCAAUCAUUAUAUCGGGAUGCUAAGCGAUGUUUUAAUAAAUCAGUUCGAAGUCAUCAAUCAAAUGAAAGGGAACGGGGUCAUAAUGAAGGUUGUGUAGCUGUUGAUGAUUUCAAGGCAACCGAGAAGGGACAACUUUCCGUCACCAAGGGACAGCGACUUGAGGUGGUAGAAUAUUGCGGAGAUGCUCCAGAAUGGGUGCUUGUCUCGAUUACUUGGGAAAAUGGUGAACAACAACGUGGACUUGUUCCAUGUUCGGUUAUUUCAUCGAUAGAACCAGCAGGUUGGUUUUAUUUGCAUGAUAUUCUGAAACUUUCGAUAUCUUAUAUUCAUAUAUUAGAACAUUCCGGAAAAAAAAACGACUCAGAGUGA